AUGUCACAUGCUUUUAGACUCACAAAACAAACUGCUCCAAUAACAAAUAUCACUUUGAAACUGAAUGGAGAAAGCCCGUCGUUGAUCAUUGAAACAGAACGGGUUUCAUAUACAAAACCAACUGAAGUAUUUUAUCACGGCAGGACAAAUGAUACUUGGAUAACUUACGAACCACAACAACCAAUUAAAAUAAAAGACCGAGACUGCAUAGAUGUGAUGUGUGAUGAUCUGGAAAUCAUGUUGAACAGCGAAUGUGAAAAACUAUUCCAAUUUGUUAUCGAAUUUUGUCGAUGUGAAGACGAAAAUCUAAGCUUGACACAACUGCAAAGCAUAUACGAUCGGUUGGUAUCAAUGUCGAGAGCCAAAAAGAUAAACGCGCUUUUUGGGAAGCUAAUUGUAAAUGACAUACACCAAAUUCGAAAAGCUUUUUCGUGCUUUAACAUUCGAACGCUAACCACAAUUGGGUUUGAAUUUGUGAGCGAUGAUUUUGAAUGUCAAGCAAAUAUAUUUAAAGACAUUAUGGAAAUUGAGCAGUUGGAAAUUAUUGACAUGAUGUGGGUGCAAUUCAAAGUUGAGAAUCUUUCAAUUGACGAUCUACGUGCAAUAAAGAAGGUAUCCCUCAACUAUGAAGGCAAUUGCAAAGCAAUUUUUUCCAGUUCAAAUAUGAAUCAUAUUGCUGACGAAACCUUGGAUGAUUUGUUUGGGCCUCCUAUCGGGCCAUUCAUUCCUAAUAGUACUCGGGCGUUGGGGGAUGGUGUAAUGUGUAUAAUCGAAGACGCGGAAAUUGUAAUUCAGAAGUUCACCAUACCGAAACAUUUAAACAACACAAUAGUCAAGACAACUUCAACAACGGGAAACGACACUCCACCAGAGAUUCCGGAUGAUAUAAAUGAUGGAUGUGGCUUGCGAGUACUUGCAACCGCUGUAAUCAUAGAAAACAUAUUACAACAUGUUGGAUUAACUACUAUAUUAGCUCUACGCUUAGUUUCCUGGCCUGUUCGGAGGUGUUUAGACAGAGUCAAACCGGAUUCGAAAAUAGAAGUUCUUGCGAUUCAAAUGAAAUCUCUCGAUUAUCUUACAAUUGAAGUAUUGGACGAUUUAAAGCAUAUGAAACACAACUAUGACACGAUGUACAAACAUUGGUACGACAUGUAUUGGGAUGCCGACGAAUCUGCAAAUGAAUAUCACUACCCGCCCUACAAAUUGUUCCACAUUCCUAUAUACUACCUCAAUAAUUUUGAGACAUAUCCUUUUCCAAACCCUUUCUCGGUCAACAUAUUCUCAAAAGAAGAACUUCGCGAAGUGUUUGCCAACAGGUCCAGCUUUUCGGACAAUUUACGACUCAUCUUGUUAAAUCAAAAGUCUCCAAUCAACUACCUUAAAUUAAUGUUGCCCUGGUUUGCUCCGGAUUUCGAGUGGUUUCGUUCAAUGUCAUAUUAUAACGAUCCAGAGUACAGAAACGUCAUGAAACUCAAAAUAAAGUCUCCGAUUUGUGAACAGUGCGAAGUAACCGGUGAUAAUCUGCCUUUUGGAAUCUGUGCUGAGCACGAAACUGAGCUACACAAGCUGAUGCAAAAAUGUCAAAAUAGAAUGGAAGAACGAUUACCGAAUCAAUUUGAUUACGCCCGAAGAAUCGAUAAAUUCAUCGAUUACAUUGGAACCGUUCUGAAAUCUGUUGGUCAUAAAAUUCCUGUCAAAUCGCUGAGUAUUCAAGCUUACAAUCAAAGUUCGAUGAUGCAUAUCUUGCCACACCUGGAUUCGCGGUCAUUGAGAAGUAUUUCCAUUCAAAAACCUGUUGAAGACAAGAAUAAAGUUCCAUGUUCCUGGAUUCAGCCACUAGAAAUCGAUGAAAUAUGCCAAUUGGAGCAAUGGAAAAGCACUAAAAUUGUUGACAUAGAACACGUUAUUGAUAUUGCGGACAUAAAAACCUUUGGACAUUUUUCUGAGGCUGACGUGAAGCUUGCCAGCUUGACCAUGAAAGGAAUUUUGUGUUUGAAAACUGAGUUCCUACUCUCGGAAGACUUUGUAAAGUUCAAAGCUUCCUUCGAAACCAGCAAUGUUGAUGAGAGUAUCUAUGAAGUAUCUCUGCUGGGAUGGCCUUUUCGAAGACCGACUCACCCGAAUACAAAUCAUCCGAGCGUUUGGUUUUUCAAGUAUCAGGAAUCAAGCGACUAUCUUCACAUUUUGUACUAUGAGUUGUCUAGGAAAAUUAUAUUCACUCGUAAGGAAGCUUCUUCCGUUCCCAUGAACUUGUAGACACAGAUGUUUUUUUCGUUUUUUAAAAAAUAUUUUGAAUAAAUCUGAUCAGUUUGGAA